AUGGUAUUUAACGAACAUUUUUUAACAGUUUUGAAGAAAGCGUUUGAAGCUUUUGAUCGAGAGAAAACUGGAUCCAUCAGUACUGACAUGGUGGGAGAAAUCUUGCGGAUGUUGGAACAUCCUGUUGAUGAUGAUAUUUUACAAGAAAUUCUUAAUGAAGUUGAUGCAGAUGGUAUGUAUGCGUUUGUCAUUGUUACUCGAUACCCAAGAUCUGGAGAGCUCGAGUUUGAAGAGUUCGUAAUGUUAGCUGCUCGAUUUUUGGUAGAUGAAGAAGACGCAGAAGCAAUGCAACAAGAGCUUCGUGAAGCAUUCCGUUUAUACGACAAGGAAGGAAAUGGCUACAUCACGACAACUGUUCUAAGAGAGAUUUUAAAGGAAUUGGAUGAUAAAAUCACCAGCGAAGAAUUAGACAUGAUGAUUGAGGAGAUUGAUUCAGAUGGAUCUGGCACUGUUGAUUUCGAUGAAUUUAUGGAAGUAAUGACUGGAGGAGAUUAA